AUGGUGACCACUCAUUACGCAACUGAAAGAAAUAUCUUCUUAAAUGAUUAUAGAGGAAGACUCUUGGAAUCGAUUACUUAUAAUCCUAAUAAUAACUCUGUAUCAUGGGUCGAUAUCAUCUUAGGAGAAGUUCAUAGAACCUUCUUGGAUGAUUUAAAUCACCAUGAUGUGUUGAAAGUUCCAGGAAAGAACGAAAGAGCAGGUGUAUAUUACUUAACAGAUAAUGAUGAUGAGAUUUUCAUUGCAGCAAGAUACGGAAUCUUAAAAGCCAAUUGGAAAACAGGAGAAAUUGGUGAUUAUUUAGUCAAAUAUUCUGAUCAUGGUGCUGAAAAAGAUCGUAUCAGAUCGAAUGAUGGUCAUGUUGAUCCUUUUGGCAAUGCUUGGAUUGGUACUAUGACAGAUUUUGAACAUGGUAAAAUCGUCCCCGAAGGUUCCGUAUACAGAAUUAAGCAAACAAAUGAUUUGAAAUAUGAAGUGAAGGAAAUGAUCCCUAAUGUUCUUAUCCCCAAUGGAAUCGCCUGGCAAGAUAAUAACAAAAGUCUAGUUUGGGUAGAUUCAUUAAACUUCAAGUUAUGGAAAUUUGAUUAUGUUGAUGGGAAUUUGACUAGCAAACGUGAGUUCUUUGAUACAUCGAAAUACUUUACGGAUAACUUAAGUCCUGAACCAGAUGGAAAUUGUUAUACUAAAGAUGGGCACAUUUAUCAAUGUGUUUUCCUGACAAAUAAGGUCUUGCAUUUAUCCCCUACUGGAGAAGUUUUGGAGGAGUUUGUAUUUCCAGCUUCUAACUUAACCUCUUGUUACAUUGGGGGCCCAAAUAUGGACCAGUUGUUUGUGACUAGUGCUCAUCAUAAACUAACAGAUAUGGACUAUAAGAUUGAUAGCUUGGAUGUAACUGGAGAUUUGGGUGGGUUCUUGUUCAAAUUUGAUUUAGGUCAUUCAGUUAAUCUUCAACCCAAAUAUCAUUUGCAAUGGAAAUAA